UCGUGUUUGGCGCCUAUUACAUUUGACAUCGUUUUCAUUGAACUUUCAAAAUUCUGUGCAAAAAUUACAUAUUUCAAUAGCGUUUAUUAAAAAACAUUAUUUCAAGCAAUAAAUCAUAAGAAUGCAUGACACUAUAAUCCGCCUUGCGGAUGUAUGGAAGACAUGCAACAAGAUCCGGGCGGCGGUGUUCCGCGUGGGGCUCAACUUAUGGGACUGGUACCGGCCGCUCGACCCUGAAGGAAACUCUCUCAUAUCUGAAUCCAAAUUCGUGUCGGUGUUGGCUGGUCCCCUGCGCUCGGUGAUCGGACUGUCCGACGCGGAGAUUUCACAGUUGGCGGACUACUUUCGGUCGCAGGACGGUCGCGUGCUCUACCACCAGCUCUGCCAGAUCAUACAUGGAGAAGAUGCUGGCGGUGGACACAGGACGUCAGCGGACUGCCUGCUGGAGGCGUGCCCACCGCCGCCGGAGCCCGCCUGCCACCAGCUGGGCGAGUGGCAGACGCGGCGCCUGUACUGCUUGCUGGCCACCAUCGCCGCCAGGGAGAUACCACUGAAACCCUACUUCCAGGACUACGAACUGGUAGCCAAGAACGAUGGGCGAAUUACCUUCGCUCACUUCGCGCGCAUACUCAACUACAUCGGCGUGCUGGUGUCUCCCGAGGACUUCAACCUGCUGGUGCGCAGGUUCAUCAAGGACUCGUACACUCUGGAUUAUGUCGAGUUUCUCAAAGCUGUGGAUGCCGUCAAGAGGGAGGGCAUACGGGGACUUGGUCCGGAAUACAAGAAUCCGAGCGCAAUGAUCGACACGAGUCUGCCGAAGCUGUCUCGGCCGGAAGUGGAGGCAAGGAUGUCGACGUCGCCGCUGGGAGCCACCGACGUGUUCCACCCGGCACUCACGCCGUCCCCACCACCAAGGCAUCUCGUCGACCUCAUGCUGCGAGUGCAAGAGUUCGUUCUGCAGAGGCGUAUCAGGGUCUCUGAGUUCUUUAGGGACUACGACCCAUUGAACAGCGGACGCAUCGGCCCGCAGCAGUUCCGGCGAGCAGUAGAUGCCAUGGGUCUGGGCUCAGUGCUGGACCCCAACGAGGUGUUGUGCGUGAUGCGCCACUACCUCGACCCCAACGACGCUGAUCGCGUCUGCUGGCGCACCUUCGAGGACGAUUGCGAUCAAGUGUUCACAAUCAAAGAGCUGGAGAAGCACCCCACGGUAGUUGCGGGAGCUGCGGCGGCGGCCGUGGCGCGGCUGCCGGCGCGGGGUGCCGCGGAGGACAGGGCCGGGGGAGCGACGGGGGCGGGGGGGCUGGAGGCGGGAGAGGCGGCGCUGGACGCGGCGCAGGUGGCACUACUGCGCGUGCGCGCCGCGUGCCGGGAGCGCAGCCUCGACUUGCGGCCAGCGUUCUCGGAGCACGACGAACACAACAACGGGCACGUGUCGCGCGCGCAAGUGCGGCGCGUGCUGGCCCGGCUGGGCGUGCUGCCUGCCGCCGCACACGUGCGCGCGCUCGAACACCGCUACCUAGACGACUGUGGCUUCAGCUACGUGCGGCUCCUCCAAGAGUUGGAGGAGCGCCCUGUGGAGAGCGCGAUGGUGGCGGGCCCGGCGGUGGCUCCUCGUGCUGCCCGGACCGUGGACGACCCUCGGGAGACCGACAUCGUGCACAUACUGGCCAAGAUCAAGGGGAAGAUGGUGCGGGAAGGCGUACGCCCUGGAGACUUCUUGCGGCAGUUCGACAAACAGAAGGAACAGGUGAUACCUCGCGCUGACUUCUACCGGGGCCUCGCCGCCGCUGGACUAUCGCUGACACCACUCGAAAUGGACACCCUCAUGGAGGUAUUCUGCGCCCCUGGCCGUCGCCGGUACGUGGAGUACGAGCGGUUCAACUCGACAGUUGGGGAGGCUCUCACGCAGCCCGGCCUGGAGCGUGCGCCCCUCCUCGAGCCAAUCCCACACGUGCCCACCGCCGACUCGCCACUCAACUUCCUCAGCUUUGAGGAGAGGAACAUCGUCUCCGGAGCACUCACCAAGCUCUCCAAAUAUCCUGACCAACUCUCUAAUAUACUGGAAGUGUUCAAGGAUAUGGAUAAAGAGCGUUGCGGCACGAUACCCCGCGUGUCGGUGGAACGAGCACUAUGUCAACGGAACCUGCUGCAGCUGGUGUCUGCGCGGGAAAGGGACCUCAUCUACAAGUGCUUCGGGUACCGACGAGGGUGUGGUGACGAGGUGAACUACCGUGCGCUGUGCAACGCCCUAGACUUGUUGUACGCCACAUCAAGCGCUCAGCCCUGCUGAAGUGACAGUCCAGAGUACCAUCCCGUC